AUGUCUCGUUCACUUUUUGUGUCUGGACUUUCGCCUCGUACAACUUUUUUUGUUCGUGUUCCAUUAAAUGUGGUCAGAAUUGAUGAUCUUGAACCAUUCUUUCGAGAAUAUGGCCGUUUGAAAGAUGUUUACAUACCAAGAGACUUUUACACAAGGGAACCUAGGGGCUUUGCAUAUAUAGAAUACUAUGACGAACGCGAUUGCGAAGAUGCUUAUCGACAUGGGACGUUUUUAGUACAUGGUCGAGAUUUAUCGGUUGAGUUUGCGCGUGGAUCUCGCAAAACACCACUCGAAAUGAGAGGAAAAGGAAAUUAUUAUAAUCGUUACAGUUCACCAAGAAGGCAACGAUAUUAUCCAUCGCCAGAUAGAUCUUAUCAACAGAGAAGAGAUAGUCGUAGUCCAUCCCGCUCAGAUCACUACCGCAGGAGAAACAGCAAUGACGAUGAAGAGAAGCGGCAAUCUACAAAAACGAGAUCAAAAACCAGACACCGUUCUCGUUCACGGUCAUUUUCUCUCUCGCCUGAGCGUAAACGAAGGUCAGCAGCAACUUAUCAUCAUUCACCGCCUCCAAGUGAUCGGCUCGUAGAGUCAAAAGAACAAACAAUAACUUCUAGUCAUGACAACAAUAGUAAUUAUUCAUUGGCUGGUGAAUCCUCCGCAGCAGCUGACAAAAGUUCUUGA